AUGUCGUACGACAAGAGUCUGGUAGCUCUGAAGAGCGACUAUGUGCCGGGACCUUUCAGCGUGAUUUGCCAGAGAGGCAAAAUGGCGUAUACGCACAACCAGCAUUUUCGAAAUCUACUCAAGGGCCACGUAGACAAGUACAAGACCGCUGCGAGUCGUCAGCUCAAGUCCAUGGUUGUGUCGGAUAUCGUCGAUAAAGUCAGAGCAAAAAGUCCGGAAGGAGCUUUUGUCAGGUGUGUGCAUGGAGUCUGGUAUGAAUGCGGGGAGGACAUUGCACGAGAAAAAGUUGGAGGCUGCUUCAGGGAACUCUUGGCAGACCAUUAUGAGUCAUCUACCAAGUCCAAAAAGCGACGCAGAGAUGCAGAGAAAGCUGCACAAGACGCAGCACAAGAAGAAAACCUCAAGAGCUUGGUGCAUCCGGAAAUUACAAAGUCCAUUACACCCGAAGUCAUCACCCCUACAGACAAAGACAUCCUAUUCAAACCUGGGGGGAGAGUCGCUGGAACCGCUGGAUCCAUAUACGCCAAACUUGUUGAAACCACCUAUCAAGACUACCAAAGGGAUCCGUCCAUGCGAGGUACUUUCGUACAAAUUGUCAUUGAGGGCCUCAAAAAGAAUGGAGGCAGAUUCCUUGAGCAAAAGAGUGAGGGAGUUGUUCUCGCAGACAAGGAAACUGUUUCUACACAGAUUAACCAAGCGUUCCAAAGGCGCAUUCGACAACAACAUGAUCGAGAGAACAAAGUGGCACAAAUUGCACAGAAAAAAGCAACUGCAGUGUUUCAAGACCAUAUUGCUACAAACGUAAAGUAUACCCAUAGCGCCAAGGGGACUGCUCCGGUGACUGUGCAUGUGACUGUGCCCGCUGCCACAAAUGACACACAGGCUGCUGCCGUUGCUGCUGCGAACCAGCCUACUGCGGCCACAAAGGCUACUAAGAGUAUUCCUGCUUAUCCUGCGGCUGCUCACUUACAGACACAGCUGGCUCCUCUAAAACACAAGCCUCCUCCCGCAGUUACAAAUGCAGCUGCCCCUAGUCGCCCAUCAAAAACAUAUCCGAGCACAGCACCGGUACCGGUUCCACCGAAACCUCAUGUUGCUCCCCCAUAUCCCCACCCGAAUUCGAUACCUCCUGCCCCAUAUGUUGCUGGUUUUCCCCAAGGCAUGCCGAUGAACAACGCUGUUGGCACCAGUCUCUGCGCGACGGCGAAUAUCCAGCAAGGCAGACCAACCAGCCCCAAUAUCGGCCGAGGCAGGCCAAUGAACGGCAAUUUCGGACCAGGCGCGCCGAAUGGUCACCAGCGCACCAACGCUGCCCCGGCACCAGCUUCUGUUCUUGCACAUGCCUCUAAUCGUGCCCCGGAAACGGCAGCGAAAGCCAAUGCAGAAGCGACAGCUAAUCAGGAAGGACCCGCGAGCUUCAUUUCGCCAUCGCCAAACAAUCCAAACGACCCAAUGGUGCAGAUACCCAUGUCAGUGGCCCUUGAGGCUCUUCAGGCAAUCAAAAGUCGUGCACUCAAAAAGAACAAACGACGAAGGGCAGCCUUUGCUGACUCGAAUGACACCAGCCAACCUGCGAUUGAUGGACUCGUAGAGCAAAUGCGGUCGAGGAUAAACGAAGUACAGCAUAAUCCAAGUUCAGAACGCCCUGACGUCAUCUGUCUGGACGACGAUGACGACUUCGACGAAGUGAAACAUGUUGAUAACCCAACAAUCGUACCCCCACAGAAUCACCAGAGCCAUCUCAAGGCUCCACCCCAUGCUAGUCCUUCUCAGGGUCGCAGAACAUCUGUGCUUCAAAGCCGUCCCGAUGGCGGUGCCACCAACCAGGAACCAAACGCCAAGAACCAAGGCGGAAAUGCUGGAAACGCCGCAGGCAGUUCCCAUGCAACAGCUCCUCAGAAUCAAUUGAAAGCUCCACCUCGAACGAGCCCGAAUACAUACCCUCAGAAUCAGAAUCAAUGGAAAUCUCCGCCUCGAACGAGUCCGAAUACAUACCCUCAGAAUCAGAAUCAUUUGAAAGCUCCGCCUCAAACGAGUCCGAAUACAUACCCUCAGAAUCAGAACGGUGUUCUUAAACAAAGCCCCGAAGUCAGGCAGAAAGGUACAAGAGCAAACACUUGCGCGGCCUCUCCAAACGCGUCAAUCGACGGCCGAAAGGAUGGCAGGGAGGACGGCGCCUCUGCAGCGAAAAACCAUAGUCAGCAUGUUCAAACCACCAACGCUCAACAGAAUCAGCAAGACAGGGAGGUUGCUGAACAGGCUCUUGACGCACUCAGGACACUCUUUCCCAGCAGUGCCAACAAGAAACAGAAACAGAAACCGGGUCACGAUCGGAGCUCCGUUGGGCGCCCUUCACGUGUGUAUCGGCUAGCGCUCGAGAAAAUCAUGACAUAUACUUUGACAGCCAAGAACCCUGGCAGCAACGCCCCGCACACUGAGCCUUCAGGAGCAGAAAGUGACAACACCAGGAAACGUCCUACAACUGGAGUACCGCAGAUGACCCACCCGGCAGACAAUCUGUUAUCGCAUACUCAUACAGAAGCGGCAGGCCUCGCGAAUGCACAACUGAAGAUGCCAGCCAAAGCCACUGAGAACCACGGUGCAAUCACGAACUCGAACAUUGACCUCAACAAUGAGGUGUCGAGUCAUCAUCACGCUCGGAGAUAUCCCGUGAAUCGCAGCCAGUCAGACGAUGGAGCAAUCAUGGCGGGUCGGCAGUCUCGACGAGCUUCUUCCACAAUCAAUACAGACGUGAACUCCAGCUCCCAUGACCCGCAGAAUCACAGUGUCGAGAACACAAAACGGCCAAGAGAAGCACUGGUCGAUCCCGAGGCUGCAAAGGUUUCUGGCCGCGAUUAUCUCAUACAUCGGUUGAAGAAACAAAGGAGAAACACCGCCGAACCCGCCGGGCUCACCAGUGCGGAGGAUAGAAUCAAGGUGCUCCUCAAAAGGCAAAACGAAGUUCUGCAACGACAGCUAGAAACAGGUCAGCAGCUACUGAAACAACAGUCACGGCAAGGCAGUAGUGCAGGAAUGCAUCAGAAUCAAAUGUUGACCGCACAGCAAAUUGAGUAUCAAGUCCAACAACUAAAGAUACAGCAAGAAAUGGCCAAGGCUAUACAAGAGGCAGAACGUCUCCUGUCGCAGCGAAAGCAAAUGGCGGAGCAGAGACUGCUACAGGAGUUCCCACAAGAUCAGCAUCAUCAUCCAGAACAGCCGGAAUUGCUACCGCGGCGACGAGAGCGCGAGCCAACAGAGCAACAGGAAGAGACCGCGUUAGAACGUUUCAGAAGAUCCUAUUUCGGCUCUGGGUCUGAGUCGAAGGAGUGUCGGACUGUUCCAGAUCUUUUGCAUCGCAGUCCUGCACCCUCUCGGCGAUCUCCCGCUGUGAGAAGUUUCCAAGAGUCCGACGAGCUGAGGGAACUUGAAAGGCUUGAGCAAAAUCGCGAAGACCUGCAACUGGAACAAACGAAUGCGGUCCAGGUCCAGGAAUACGUAGAGUCUUUUCCGCCCAUGGAGAAAUCACCGCCACCGCCUCGUCAAGAAGCUGAAUCAAGGGUUUACUUUCAUCCAUCAGAAGCAAGCUCGCCACCACAGGAAGCUGCUGCAUCCCAAGCCCACAGCGAUAACAAGCAGAGCCCUGACUACUCUGUGCAUACUAGCACGGAAGCAAAAGAAAAUUCUGAGCAUCACGGGGAACAGACCACUCGUGCAUCGAGCGACCUUCGAGAGGUCGGUGUACAAGACUUGUCCAUGCCGGUAGAGACCGAAGGAUAUGUAACGGCACCAACUCUCGAUGCGGUGACUUCGACUCCUUUCAUACCAACAAUCGAUCACACGGAGGAUGAGCAGAGGCCGAAGGCUCCAGAGCCUCCCGGUGAAAAGGUCGUGGAUCCUAUGGUCUACUUAGAGGAGGCCGACGGUUGUAACGACAAGGAUGAGUUUGCUUUGAAGAAUGUAGAUGAUGUUGACGACGGCGCUUCGAGGCAAGUCAUGGAACCAGAAGCAUGUGCCUCCUUUGAAAAGAUGCAGUGCAAUGUUGAGUUGGCUGAAGCAGUGGAGGCGAACCCGGAGACAGCAGUGGUGAAUCAUGAGCCGUCGGAUCCUAGAACAGCUGGUCAGCUUGGCGACGAGAUGAAACCAUCAGCUCUAAAUCAUGAGGCUGCUCGCCCGCCUGAAGAAGUUGAAAUUGAUGUUACAGGUGUGCGUUGCGAUGAGUUGGAUGCGUCAGAAAAGGUGGACCAGGUCUCCGAAAAAGAAGACGGGGCGAAAAGCAUGGAACACGACGUCCACCCUUCGCAAGGAGAAGACAGUCCAUAUCACGGAAGUGGCGAGGAGGCAGAAAACACGCAUGCCGAACAGAGCCUCGAAGCCACUUCGCAUUCACAGGAAAUGUAUGCCGAGAUGGAAGGUGCAGAUGCCGGUGGAUAUGCUUCCGACGGGGAAGAAAGUGCUUACGUUGUCGUUUAA